GCCAUAAACACUUUGUCAAACUUGGCCCUCAGAAAUGGAAAUAAUAAAUCUACCUUCUGCUGCAUUCCUCCUCUUCGUCUACUCGGCCGCCGCUCCCUCGAUCCCCUUUCUCCGGACCCGUACCAGAUCUCGGCGUCUGGAUCCAGAUGGACGAGCAGCCGGCAGCUCCUCGAGCUCUGACGAGGGCGGAGACCGGCCCCAGGUUUCCUCCCCCGCGGAGCUCGUCAUUUAGCCACCGGACGCCAGACCAGAGGCCCUCGUCCGGGGACUAUGGCCUCGAUGCCGGUGAUCGGAGGUUUGCCUUCUCGCGGCAGUCGUCCUUCCGCCAACCCGAUCCCCGCUCGCCGUUUCCGCCGCAGAGGAGCCAUUCGUUUCGGGCGCAUCUCUCUCGGAGUGAUUCUUUCAUCAGUAUACCUACCUCAGAUAGCGAAGAGCGCAGCAAAGCACCUGGUGCGCCCACUUUUAUGGUCCACGGAGAUGACCGAAAGCCCACGUUACUUCACUUGUUGAUGGCGGUGGUUGAAGGCGUAAGCUCAGGGAAUCGGGCGAUGAAGCGGCUAGCUUUGCUUAUAUCACUCAAUGUGACCUAUUCUACGUCGGAAUUGUUGAUUGGAAUAUUCACCGGCCGCGUAGGGUUGAUAUCAGAUGCAUUUCAUCUUACCUUUGGAUGUGGCCUUUUAACCUUUUCAUUGUUUGCCAUGGCUGCUUCCCGCAAGAAGCCUGAUGAAAUAUACACCUAUGGGUACAAAAGGCUGGAAGUGUUGGCUGCUUUUACGAAUGCUCUGUUUCUGUUGUUUUUGUCGUUCUCCUUAGCCGUGGAAGCGCUACAUGCAUUUAUGCAAGAUGAAUCUGAGCACAAGCAUUACCUAAUUGUUUCAGCAGUCACCAAUCUUUUGGUGAACUUAAUUGGAGUUUGGUUCUUUCGAAGCUAUGCACGUGUCAAUAUAGUUUACAGGAAUGCUGAAGACAUGAAUUAUCAUUCAGUCUUCCUACAUGUUCUUGCGGACUCUAUUAGAAGUGCAGGUUUGAUUUUGGCAUCGUGGUUUCUUUCUUUGGGGGUUGAGAAUGCAGAAGUUUUGUGUUUGGGCCUUGUUUCAAUUGCAGUAUUCAUGGUUGUUAUGCCACUUUUUAGAGCGGCAGGCAGUAUUUUACUCCAGAUGGCUCCUACAAGUGUACCUUCUUCUGCCCUUAACAAAUGCCGGAGACAAGUAACUUCUCUUGAGGAUGUUUCUGAAGUCUCCGAUGCUCGAUUUUGGGAGCUUGUACCUGGGCAUGCCAUUGGUUCUCUUUGUGUUCAGGUUAAAAGAGGAGCGGAGGUUCUUCCAAUUCUGCACUAUGUGCAUGGAUUGUACCAUGAGCUGGGUAUACAAGACUUAACUGUUCAUAUCGAGCAUUCAUGAUUUAGCUCCCGAUGGAAUAUUUAUUCUUUCCUCGUUAACUGGGGAUUCAAACCAUAAUGUUGGAUGCGUUAUAGUCGUGUUUUUGAAUUGUUAGGUUUGCAUCCUUACCACCCAAAGAGUUUUUGUGAAUUGACACGUCUAUCGUACCCAAUAAGUUAUAUGUGAAUCAUUCAAGAGUAGGAAUCCUCUUUUAAGCUAUUUAACUCGUGUCUUCUAUUGCAAACAAGUGGGCAUCAAUUAAAGUAAGUAUGUUUUAGCCGCAA